AUGUGGGAACUGAGGUCAGCCUCUUUCUGGAGGGCUGUCUUUGCUGAGUUUUUUGCCACCCUCUUCUACGUCUUCCUCGGGCUGGGAGCCUCGCUUCGUGGGGCCCCGGGACCCCUGUAUGUCCUGCAGGUGGCUCUGGCCUUUGGCCUGGCCUUGGCUACGCUGGUGCAGAUCGUGGGUCACGUCAGCGGGGCCCACGUCAAUCCUGCAGUCACUUUUGCCUUCCUGGUGAGCUCUCAGAUGUCACUGCUCCGGGCCCUCUGCUAUGUGGCAGCCCAAGUCCUGGGAGCUGUGUCCGGGGCUGCAGUGCUGUACAGUGUGACGCCAGCCGCCUCCCGAGGAAACCUAGCGCUUAACACGUUGCGUCCUGGGCUCGGCGCGGGCCAGGCCACCGUGGUGGAGAUGUUCCUGACGCUGCAACUGGUGCUCUGCAUCUUUGCCACGUAUGACGAGAGGAGGAACGGCCGCCUGGGCCCCGUGGCCCUGGCCGUUGGUUUCUCCCUCACCCUGGGGCACCUCUUUGGGAUGUAUUAUACAGGGGCCAGCAUGAACCCUGCCCGCUCCUUUGCUCCUGCCAUCCUCACCCGAAACUUCACCAACCACUGGGUGUACUGGGUGGGCCCAGUCCUUGGAGGGGGCGUGGGCAGUCUUCUCUACGACUUUCUCCUCUUUCCCCGGCUCAAGAGUGUCACUGAGAGACUGUCCAUCCUCCGGGGUGCCAGGCCCAGUGAUGCCAGAGGACAGGCAGAGGGCCCAGGGGCACCUGUUGAACUGAAAACCCAGGCCCUGUAA